AUGGAGGAAAAGCUUUUAACAGGGGCUGUUACCACAGAGCGGGAGAGACGAUAUGCAAGCUUUAGGAACUGCGCCCUCCCAUCAAUAUGGACACUCUGUGCAUUAUUCGUUGUCUGCAAUUACUACAACCUAAACCCCAAAUCAUAUCCCUCGCACAGUUCAAAGACCCUUAAAUACAGCGGCGAGCACAUAACCUGGGAACCAUGCGGCGACCUGCACAGCAAACCACUCGAAUGCAGCAGCAUCGAAGUCCCGAUAGACCAAUUCGCAGCAGAGAGACCAAACUCAGCAAAACCGAAAGGCUUCACAAUCCCACUCGUCCGCCUACGUAGUAAAAACGCAACACAGAACCUCCUCCUAAACCCCGGCGGCCCAGGAGCCAGCGGUUUCGACCUUCUAUACCGCCGGGGCGACCAGCUCAAGAGCAUACUGGGCGAGGGCUUCCACUUACUAACAUUCGAUCCGCGCGGCGUGAACAGUUCAACGCCCACAGCGUCCUGUUACCCAGAUGCCAAGACGCGACAAGAGCAGUCGCAUAUUCGAGCUCGCAAUGCCGCAGCUGAUAGCCCCGAGAUCUACGCAUGGGCACAGAACUUCGCAAAAGCAUGUCCGGAGACAAUGGGCGACUAUGCGCCGUACAUCAACACCCCACAGACAGCAGCGGAUAUGAAUAGCAUCCUUGAUGCGGUGGGCCAGCCAGAUAUGGUAUACUGGGGCUUCAGCUACGGUACUCUUCUCGGGCAGACGUACGCGGGGCUCUUCCCCGAACGAUCGAAGCGCGUGGUUAUCGACGGGGUCGUGAACCAGUUCGAGUGGUACGAGGGUGUGGACCUAUCCGGGGACCUCAUCGACACGGAUAACGUGCUCGAUGGCUUCUUCGAAGAAUGCAUGAAAGCAGACGCUGGCAGCUGCGCGCUCGCCUCGCUGGCAACAUCAAAAGAAGAAUUGCGCGAAACAGUCUUCUCGUUUAUGGACCAGCUGCGUCACCAGCCACUCGACGUGUACGUCAACAACACCGUCUACGGAAUCUUAACCUACGAAAAAGUCUGGUACAACGGCGUCUUCGCAGCAUUAUACAAGCCUCCACUGUGGUCAUCCCUCGCGCAGAAUCUCUACAGUCUCCUCCAAGGAAAUGCAACACCCGCUUUCCUUGCCUACAACAUUGCAGCCGAACAGAACGACGAGUCCGCUGAGUUCGUCCAGCUGAACGACGGCCGCACAGGCCCAUCCCACUGGCCCCAGGGCAAAGACCAGCUCCUGGCGCAGAUCGCACCCUGGCUCAACCAGAGUCUCUUCAGCACCGUAUUUCUCGCAUCAUAUUACCAGAAACAGCAGUGGGCGGUGCCAAGGACGCAUCCAUACGUGCCGCGGCGAGACGUGGAGACUGCGCAUCCGCUGUUGAUCCUAUCGACUACCUAUGACCCCGUGUGCCCGCUUGUCUCGGCGCGCCGGGCUAAUGAUGCUUUUGCUGGAUCGCGGCUUGUGGAGGUUGAGGGGUAUGGACAUUGUUCUGUGGCUGUGGCUUCGCUCUGCGUUGCGAAGCAUCUGCGUACGUUCUUGCAUGAGGGGAAGCUUCCUGAUGCGUAUACGCGUUGUAAGGUUGAUUCUGCUUAUUUUGGUUCCUCCGAUGAGAAUGGGGGCAUGGCUGCUCAGACGUACUUUGAGGACCCGGAGGAUCAGAAGAUUCACCUGGCGCAAGUGGAACUUAUGGUGGGAUGGGAGUUUACUCGGCCGGUGAUGUGGUAG